AUGCUUCACGUUUACCAUGUCCUGAAGUUGGUGACGGUCAUCUUAUUCAUCGAAGUGGCGGGGGAACGACCCAGGAUCUCCGAAAGCGCGCUGGAGCGCGAUCAAGAUGUGUCCGCAGGUACCAACGAUCUUCGGUCCUUUGCACGGCCACAACCUCCUUUUUCUCAUGGCAUAUCAAAUGCCAUCCGAAUCCGUCUCCAAGGAAUCCGUGUCCAAGGAAAGGAGCGUUGCCCACAGUGGCCGGCAUUGCGCUCUGUCUUGGCAAAAUUAGGCAUCAAGAAUCCCACUCCGCGUCUAACAAGAGUCAAGUGGAGUGGAUGCGAUGUGAAAGCGAUCCGCUUGAGCGGACACAAGGCCAUCAAUGGCACGUUGGACCACGAGAUCGGAAAGCUCAAAGCCCUGUGCGAACUCAACCUUGGCGACACCGAGGUCGCAGGUGAUGUCAGGCAUCUGAAAGGUCUCAGCAAGCUGCAGAAGCUCUACCUCUACAACACCAAUGUUGGAGGUGACCUGGCAAGCCUACAAAACCUCACCCAGCUGGAGCUGCUUUCCCUGCUCAAGACAAACUGCGCAGGUGAGCUUGCGAGUUUGCAAAGUCUCACCCAGCUGUGGCUGCUCAACCUCGGGAACACCCACAUCGCAGGUGACCUGGCAAGCCUGCAACGACUCACCCAGUUGUGGAGUCUCCACCUCCCCAACACCCAUGUUUCAGGUGACCUGGCAAGUCUGCAAGGACUCACCAAGCUGGGGCAGCUCGACCUCCACAACACCAACGUAGCGGGUGACUUGGCGAGCCUGCAACGACUCACCAAGUUGUUGGAGCUCUUCCUUCACGACAAUAACGUAGCGGGUGACUUGGCUAGUCUGCAAGGACUCACCCUUUUGCAGUCGCUCAGCCUCUACAACACCAAGGUGGCAGGUGACUUAUCGAGUAUGCAACGCCUCACCCAGCUGCAGGGGCUCUACCUCGACAACACCGACGUUGUAGGUGACCUAGUGAGUCUGCAAGGACUCUCGCAGGUGAACAAUCUCGACCUCAGGAACACAUCUGUGGCAGGUGACUUGACAGCACUGCUUCCUUGGAACCAUGUCACUGACAUCAACCUCGAGCAGACGCAGGUUACAGGACGGCUCGGCUCUGAGUGGCGAGGUCGUUGGUCAAAGCUGCGAUCCCUGAAGUUGUCUGGCAGCCAAGUGGAAUUCCUUCCAUGGCCUGGUGAGUUGGUCCAGCUUCAGUCCUCAGUUUGGACCCCUUUGCACGCCCAAUUUUCAGCCCGUGCCAUUCUUCCACAGCUGAACCUUUUGCAGUUGAACGGAUGUCCCCUUAAUGGUGAUGUCAGUGAGCUGCUGCAGCCCCUCUGCGGCUCUCCAGCCUUGGCCACAAUCGAAGCUGCCGGCUGCAGACUCAGCGGCACCCUGACAAAUCUGAGGCCUGAGGAUGUAGUAGUGGAUGGAGUGCUCUUUUCGAAGUGGAGGCCACUUCUGGGCAAGAGUUUGAAGGUUCUGAACCUCGCCACCAACAACAUCACGGAGAUCAAGGGCAUCCCUGCAUCUCUGCAGGUCCUCAUCCUGGCAGAGAAUUCGGCUCUGAACUUUGCAGAUGGUGUUUUGAAAGAGGCUUUGGCAACCGGAACUUUCCUGGACUUGCAGAAUGUGGCCUUGUCGAACACCACGGAGGCGGCAGAGCUGUUGAGAGAGGGCUUCAUUGUGAAGACAGAGCAGGUGUCGUCCAUGAGCACGGAAGGUGGAUACCGUUGCCACUCUAUCCUGUCCACAUCGCUGCAAGUCUCGCCAGAGAAGUUUCUCCCGCAGGAACUUUGCAGAUGCUCGGCAGGCUUUGAAGGGACAGGGGCCCACUGUCGCAAAUGUGGCCCCAACACUUUCUCCGAAGGCAACGGCAGCAAGUGCACACCUUGCCCCGAGGGCACCAUUGCAGGAGAAGGGGAAGCCACUUGCAAGUGCACUUCUGGAGGCAAGUUCUCACCCGACCAAUCUCCAGCCUGCCAAUGUCACGCAGAGCAUGGUCUGACAAAUCUGCGAGGCGCCGGCAAUGAGACCGAGACCUGUGCCCCCUGCCACGAUACACACCUCAGGUGCCCAGUGUCAGGCAUGUUACUGACAUCAGCUCCACCUGAGAUCGGCUUUGCACGCCUCAGGAACAAUGACACUGCAGCCCUGCGGUGCCUGCCACCGUGGGACACCCGGUGCAACAGCACAGACAGCAAUGGUUCCACUCACUUUGGUUGUGCCAGUGGUUAUGGUGGAGUGCUUUGUUCCGAUUGCGAAGCCAGGCAUUACUUGACCAAAGGCAUCUGUGAACCAUGCCCCACAGGCGACUUUACCCAGCAGAUUUGGAGCAUGGCUGCGGUUGCAGGUGGCAUUGGGCUGCUUGCAGUGAUGGUUUUGACUUACGUGUGGUCGCGCUUUUGGGGAGCGAACUCGACUGCCGAGAUGCCAUCAGAAGCUGCUCCAUUCUCUGCCGUCGGUGCCUUCAAGGAUCAAAUGAAACAAGUGGCACCAAUGCUUCUCCAAACUUGCCAGCUAUGGGCGGUGCUGGCAGCCUUGAAGAGCAAAGGUGGCCAUGGGUCAUCGGACUCCUGGGAAAUUCCUUUCAUCGAGGCAUCGCAACUCUCGGUCGACAGCCUGGAGGGUGCUGUGAAUCUGCAGUGCGCCUUGAACGACGGUGCCGCCGUUCGCCUAGCUUCUGCCUUGGCCGCUCCAGUCGCUCCCAUUGCAGUGCUCCUGUGCUGCUUGGCCAUGGAGAUUUGCUGCCAUGGAUUUGGCGUCGCUUCUGCAUUGAAGGCUCUCACACUUUUCUAUGUGGGCGGAGCUUCGGCUGCUUCAAAGCUGCUUCGCUGUCAGGAGGUUGAUGGCGAGAAAGGAAGUCUUCCUCCAGAGUUUGCCUUUCGUAAAUCUGUGCCUCAUUUGCUUUGCCAUGAUUCCUCCAUGACGUACCUGGAUGCAAUUGGAUACAGUAGCAUAGUCUUUUACGGAGUGGUGGUGCCUCUCUGCCUAGCUUACCUGUAUGCACGGCAGCACUUGGCGCUUCUGCCAGGGAAGGCGACGGCGCCCAUUGCAGUGGAGGAUGGUGAUCAAUGGGAUAUCCAGUUGUCGGACCUCCAGCGUCAGAAAAGCUUCGAGCGUCAGGAAAAUCUUCCGGUGAAUGGAGAGGUGGCACGCAUCAAACGUUUGCUAGCAGCUUCAGCCGCCCACAUUGCCGUGAAGAUGCACGGGCGUGCCCACGUGACGUUGAAGGAUGGAGUUGUGGUGGCGACGCCAUCGUCAGGUGACACUUGUGGCACUUCAAGCGAACGAGUUCCUGUUGACUCCCGUGGCAGUGAGGCUGACUGGCCGCUUGCAAACAUAUCGAGCUUUGUGGAGGCCAUGGGCAACAAGAGCCGUGACCUCUCUGAAGCCUUGAUGGAUCGGUGCCUCUUGGAAGAAGCUGAGGCUUCCGAACGUGCCCUUGCGGGUGCCAAGCAGAUUCUGUUCAAGUACUCGCGUUGUCAAAGCUUCUACCUAGAAAUCAUUCAGAAGUUGGUUGCAGUCGGCUUGGUGUCAGUGGUGAACAGUGACGAUGGCCUCCAAUUGUGCAUGGCAUUCACACUACUGAUGGCUGCAGCAACUGGCAUGGCUCAGCCCUACUUUCAUCCGCAGGCCAACAGUGUCCAGUGCUGCAGUUUCGCGUGUCUGGCUCUGGCAGCAGUGGGUUUCAGCUAUGAAUUCACUUGGCUGAGCCGCGGCUCCUUGGCGGUGCCCUUCCUGCUGAGUGCUGGAUUGGCCUUGCGCCCCGACAGCACGGAGAGCCUGGCCGUGAGGAUCUGGCGGCAGAUGGGGAAGGAGAUCCCCAAACUGCAGGAUGGAAAACCCCUGGAGGUUCUGGUGGAAACCGUUUCUUUCGUAUGA